AUGCGAUCGAAAAUCGUCGAUUCCGAAUCGGAUAUCAACAAAAAUGUGAGUUUGACAGCAGCUCGUUAAUAGGAACAGAAAAUAGCUUAGUAGUUAGUUUGGAUGAUAGCUUCGAGGAAUGUGUGUAAUUGAGCUUUCCCUUCCUCCCCUUCUCAUAAUUCUCAUUAAAUUCCUCUACGUCAGACAUCUAAUCUUAGCAGUCUUUCUGCUCCUGUCUACCGUAAGAUUCUCCCGUCCCCUGACAUCAUUCCAUCCACGUAUCUGCCAUCACAAUCUGCUUUUCCUUGCUCCUCACUUUUAUCAAAACACUGCAUCCCUCGCCAAUAAAUCACGGCUACGUCACGCACACUUUUGGUCCUUCCCCCAUCACAGACCUCCGGCAGCAGUCGGCAGAAAUUUGUCCAUCGCAAAGUGACGUGCUCCACCACCACGAUAACGUCUUCUUCUUGGGAGACUCCUUCCUCGCUUAGUACUAUUCGCUCUCGUCUACUUUGGUGCUAACUUAUACGAACGUGACUUUGAGCGCGUGCGGAUUACUUGCUCGGGCUCCCGCCAAGAGAGACAUUGAUUGAUCGGACAUUCUUGUGCUCCGAGCGACUUCCCUUUUUUCACGUUUUCGCCCAACAACUCGUAAUCUCUUCUCUAAUGUUGUCCACUCGACUCCAGCCGAAGAAUCGCUGUCGAUUCGGUCGGAAUGAACUCGUCAAGUGGUUCAGACAGGUGUGCCUUUCCCAAAAUCGUUUUGUUCCUUCGUCUCCGAUGUCAAAUAAGUUGAUUCCGAUUAGAGGAGCUUUUGCAGAGAUCAUUAUUCUCUGCUUUCAUAUUUCUUUCACCACUUCAUCUUCCGUAUUUCAGAUGAACCCAAAGCCCGGUUUUCUGCGUCGUCAGUGGCGGAAAGUGAAGGGAGAGCUGGCCUCCUCGCUCCUGGCCCAAUACCGUCGAUGCGUGAUCCGAAUGAAGCGAUGUCUUCGCGAGACCAACAACGACGUCGAGCAGCAGAGACGGAAAAGUCAGGCGAAAUUGCAUCCGUUGCCAGGUUUGUUUUCACUCUCACUCGAACCGAGUCGCUGCUUUUCCGUUUCGAAAAUGAGAUGACGAGCGGUGUGGGCAGCUGACUAUCCUCCCUCUGUUUUGCGGGCGUUCUGUUAGGCAUAGAUGAUGAGGAGAAACAGAGUGAGAUGCAGAAGAAGUGGGUGAUAAAGAGUAGGUUGACAACUGGAAGGGCCCGAUAAAACAGCGGGUCGUUUGGAGCGAAUUGUUAUAGGGCUCGUGAACUUCCAGGUGAUCAGACUUCACACACAAGCAUCUUAGGGUUGGCUCAGGAGCGAAAUGAAAUAUGGGGGUUACGAUACUGGCAGUUACGGUCUAAAACUCUAACGAGCAUGAUACAGAAUCACCAGGGAUCCCUCUAUCUCUCUUUCUUUUGAAUGGGACCGGACAUUAUCUGCUCCUCUCAUUGGCAACAACCGUAGAAGCGUCGAAAACUUUCCAUGCAAAUCUAAUCAAAUACACGUGUCAAGUACGUCACAUCACUUCGCGAUCUGUGAUCCUCUUCGUCUUCGCCGAUCUUUCCACGUACCAACGCCGUGACGAAUGACACAUGUCCCCCACUCGAUCCAUUCUCUUUUCGCCCUCUCUUUAUCACUAUCACAACUGACGAAAUGAUGAUGACGCGUUGUCGAAAGAAAGAAAGAAAGAAAGAAAGAAAGAAACAUCUUUUGAGACGAGCAUGAGACUAUACUCUAUUCUCCUGAUUUCAGAUCGUCCGCUCAGAAGAGUCGCCUCCAAAUUGAACCGAAAACCGACGAAUGAGAUUGAGCGAUUGCGGAAGAAGGGCGACGACUGGACGGCCAACGACCUGUUCAAAUUCCAGUACUCGGAUCCGGAAGAGGGCACGCCGGAGGAACGGAAGCAGUUGUGUUACGACUGGCUCGACCGUUUGCACGACAUCUCCAAAAAGUACUGCUAUCUCGCGUGGUGAGUAUGCUCCGAGAGCUUCUUUUCUAAUUCUGUGUGAGCUCUGACGCCAUCGUUCGAAAUAAGAGCCAAUAAAAUGAGGUUUAUUAUUAACCCGCCAGUCUCAGCCACAUCUGCCAGUUAUUUUAAGCCCUUUAGACUCCUCCGAACUCAUAAACUCAGAAAUGAGCUUUCUUUUUUCUAGGUACGAGUCGGCCAUCUAUGCGUGCUAUUACCGUCUCGCUCCGAUCCUCGUGGAUCCGGUAGAGAAGCAGAGGAUCUGGCACGACGUGAAGCACGAGUACGCCGAGAUCUUCAUGAUGGGGCGGCGGAUCUGGAGGCGGGCGAUCCAUCCGAGCAGGCUGCGAGUUUUCUACGAUCUCGCGAUGCUCUGCGUCCGAUUUGGAGACAUGGAGGUGAGGAUUCAGAUGAUGACCGACUGGGAGACAAUGAGAAUUGCAGAACGAUGACACAGUUCCCAAGUUCAAAGAGUUGAUGUCCGAUUCUACGAAUUUUGACUUCAAGAUUCUCAACGAAACAGAGUUCAUCAAAUCUCUUGACAAAGUGAGAAUCACGCCUUCCUCUCUCAAUUCCUUAUCGCUUCUUUCAGGUCAUCAAACUCGAGAACUUCGUGAUUGAUCAGUUCUACAAGCGCCGUCGCAGCAGCGGGUCGAUCCGUUCUUCGUUCCGAUCCCGUCGCAACACUGACUGUUCGCCGUCUCGCCGCUCCGAAUACAUCGACGACGCGCCGAAGACGGAGGACGAGGCGGACGUGUGCAGUCUGGCCGAGUCUCUCCAGCAGGUGUCCAUCAGUCUCCCGGCCACCACGGUCCCUUCCGAAUGCAAAACGACGCCGACAGUAACCCUGACUAUCCCGACCAUCGUCGUCGAGGGACCGGAAGCCGCUUCCCGCAGUCGACCCGCUUCCCCCCGGCUCGUUCGUUUCGACGAAUGA